AUGCAUUCAGGAAAGGUCAUAUCAUCUACCACCGUAAAUGGCGAGGCGGGACAACCUCUCAUCUUGAGCUGCAAUGUUUCAAUGGCGAUGGGAGAUAGCGUCCAUCAAGUGCGGUGGCUCGACAGACAUAACAAGCUUCUGCUAGCGUACCAGCACCGCGGAACAAUCCAUGUCAGCCAUAAAGCGCCCAACGUACAGCUCGUCUCUUGGCAAAAGGGCUCCAGCUAUAUCAACAUAACCAGGGUGCAGCCUGAGGACGAGGGCUGCUACCGCUGCGUAUUUGACAUCUUUCCAACGGGCUCGCAAGAAGGCAGCACAUGUAUCAGCGUGACCAGUGAUGUGCAUCAAGAAGGCAACAAGAAGGCUGUGAGGGGCAAGCCUACUAGCCUGUCCUGCUGGUACAGCCUGCCUGAGCGUGUGCUUCAGGUUCUGUGGAAGAAGACAGCUGGACAGGAUGGCAGCAUCACCGUAGCUUCCUAUUCCCGAAGUCACUACAAUGUAGACGAGACGUUGCGGGGGCGUCUGAGCCUGAGCAAAAGCCUUGGCGACACACAGCUGUCUUUCCAGGUGGUGACGAUACAAGACGAGGCGUGCUACACCUGCGAGUUCCACACUUUCCCAGAUGGGAGAAAGAGUGCAACCAAUUGCCUCUCUGUUUAUGUUUUACCCGAUGUAAAGGUGACCCACGUGACCUCAUCGUCAGGUGUUACCGAAGCCAACUGCACCAGCCAAUCGCGACCCGCAGCAGAGAUCACAUGGAGCAUCGGCGGCAACAACCAAACUCUCAACACAUCACUUGCUACCCUUCACUCUGAAGAUGACGGGAUAACAACGGUGACAAACACGCUAUUGCUCCCGUCGGGGCUGCUCGGCAAGCAGUCGGUCCAGUGCAUUGUACACCACCAGGGACUGGAAGAACCCCUUUCCGUGUCUCUCGACAGCACACUCGUGAGCCCAGCCACGGUCAUCAUCAUCUUGCUGUGCACUGUGGUGGCAUUCCUGGUCGGCCUCUGCUUGUGUGUCUAUCUGCGCGGCAAGUUCUGCACUUAG